UUAUGGCUACUCGCCAUGAUUUUCCCGAGCUGCGGGGGCUCUGUGGCUGCGGCAGAAGAUCUGACAAAAUACGUCAAUCCUUUCAUAGGAACAGAAGGCCAAGGCUACCCGGGAACAGCCAUCAAUGGCGGGAACGUAUUUCCAGGAGCGGCGAUGCCAUUCGGAGUGGUAAAGUUUGGAAUUGAUACAACAGCUUUCGACUGGACGAAUAUUCCAGUUACUGGGUUCAGUAUGUUGCAUGAGAGUGGCACAGGAGGAGCACCGACCUAUGGCUUCGUUCAUCAAAUGCCACUCUCAACCCUCGAAGGCGUCAAUGUGUUGAAUAAGUUCACCUACAUGCAAAAGCGGACCAGCUUAGAUGUAGCAAAUGUGGGCUACUAUAAGACCGAAUUAGCAAAUGGAGUCACUGCCGAGCUCUCCGCCACGAAUCAUGCAGGAAUCAUUCGAUAUCAAUAUCCUGAAAGCUCAGAGAAACAUAUCCUCGUGGAUGUCUCUCAUGUGUUGCCAUCCUCUUCAGAAGCUCAGCAUUCUCAGUUCUAUAGCAAUGGCUUCUUGACACGAAGUUCCGAUGGAAGAAUGUAUCAGGGAUAUGGAGUGUAUCGUGGUGGCUUCAGUAGCCGUCCUGAUGCGCCUGUAUACUUCUGUGCCGAGUUUAAUAUAAGGCCGGAUAAAGUACAGCUUUUCUCAGGCCAAUACACUGACCCAUAUUGGCCAAACAGUACAGAGUUCCACCCACCAGUUUUCACUGAAGCAACAUCUAUCAUCGGUAGUCAUCAGUCGCAUUAUGGCUACGCAAGGAGGGUUGGUGGGCUAUUUACUUUUCCCUCUAAUAUUACCACUCUCAGCUCCCGACUUGGUGUAUCGUUUGUCUCUUCUGACAUAGCUUGCCAAUACAUCUCAUCGGAGCUUCCAACUUGGGAUCUCGAACCGGUAGUAUCUGCGGCGAAAAUGCAGUGGAAUGAGGAAGUGCUGCCCAAAGUGACCACGACAGACUUGAGUAAUAACACGCUGCUGGGAAUGCUUUACUCUGGACUGUACAAGAUGCAUCUGAUGCCUUCUGAUCGAACAGGCGAGAAUCAGAAUUGGGAGACGGAAGAACCGACCUACGAUGAUUUCUAUACACUCUGGGAUACAUUUCGUUGCCUGAAUAGCUACCUGGUGCUUACCGCGCCGAUGCGAGCCGCAGGUAUCAUAAGAUCACUUAUUGAUAUAUGGCGAUUUGAGAGGUUUUUGCCCGAUGCCCGAUCAGGCAAUUACAAUGGGAGAGUUCAAGGAGGCUCAAACGCCGACAACGUGCUCGCUGAUGCAUAUGUCAAAGGUCUUUCCGCGCCUGAAUACGGCAUCAAUUGGACGGAUGGCUACGCAGCAAUGAAGACAAAUGCAGAAGUAGUCCCUUACAACACAUUCGAUGCAGGGGAUCCAACCGGCAGUGUGAAGGAAGGUCGAGGUGCCCUUCCAGACUGGCUAAGUCUAGGCUAUGUCAGCAUGUACGAUGCGGUUGAGGGCACGGGGUUUGGACGAUCUAUCUCCAGGACAGUCGAGUAUGGCUUGAAUGACUUUGCGUUGAGCCAAGUUGCAAAGGACCUCAUGCCAACGGACUACGCUAAGUACUUCAAUCGCUCAGCCGGCUGGCAGUAUAUCUGGCAGCACAACCUUACCAGCCUCAACUUCACUGGGUUCCUAGCACCACUCUAUGCAAAUGGGACGCGUGAUCCCUCAUACAGCCCACUGAACUGUGGCGUGUGGUGUUCGUGGUCAGAUGUGACCUACGAAGGAUUACCCUGGGAAUACUCUUGGACUAUACCAUAUGACAUGGAGACAUUGAUAUCUUUCAUUGGUGGACCCCGCAUGGCUGAAUCUCGACUCGAUGCAAUGUUCAUCCCGGGACUGCAGGAUGGCAGCGUCGGCGCAGGAAACGGAGCAGGCACAGCGAUCUUUAAUCCCGGCAACGAGCCCAGCUUUGGCACUCCCUUCCUCUAUAAUUACUUGGGCCGUAGGCAAUGGAAGAGCGUGAUGCGGAGUAGACAAAUUGUGAAUCAUUAUUAUUCCAAUGGUCGUGAUGGUGUUCCCGGGAACAGUGAUGCAGGGGCUCUAGAGAGCUGGAUGGUAUGGAACCUCCUGGGUCUUUACCCCAUCGUAACCCAACCAAUCUCCCUCCUCCUCUCCCCCUGGUUCAGCGACAUAACCCUAUCCGUCUCCAACAAUAAGACCCUACGCAUCACCACCUCCGGACUUUCGAAUGGCCCAUACAUACAAAAUGUAACCACAAAUGGUAUCCCAUGGAACAAGAGCUGGGUCACGCACGAUGAUCUUAUUGGUGGGGCCGGGGGGAAGAUCCAUUUCGUCCUGGGAAGUAACCAGACGGAAUGGGAUGUUGGAGAUGUGCCGCCCAGCCCGGGACAUCAGGAUUUGGGGAUUAGGAAUUGAUGGUUUGGAUCUUGUAAUGAAUGGUUCGGGGUUGGGACUGGAGGGGGUUGUAGGUACGUUGAGGACGGGGUUAUACCUGUAGAUGCUAUAGACCGUGCAACUCCAUGACCGACGAGAUCCCCUGAAAACAGGGAGCGAGCAUCAACGAGAGAUAUAUCAACAACGAAUAUGAC